GCUCGAAGUAGGAACAAUGGCAAUAAUGGCGCUGAAUCCACUCGCCAGAGUACCCAAACCUCAUCUCCACUUCUCUCUCUCGAUCCCUCACCGCUCCUCCUCCUCCUUCUCUCGCCAAUCCCUCCUUAAUCCAUCGAGAAGACGACGAGCAGCAUCAUUCAUGGCAUCCGCUUCGCUUUACCACAAAGAGCUCGCUGCUGCCAAGAGGGCCGCAUCACUCGCCGCUCGUCUCUGCCAGGCUGUACAAAAGGCGAUUUUGAUUUCAGAUGUGCAAUCAAAAGCUGAUAAAAGCCCUGUAACAGUUGCAGAUUAUGGCUCACAAGCAGUAGUUAGCCUAGUCCUAAAGAUGGAACUUCCUUCUGAAUCCUUUUCAUUAGUGGCUGAGGAGGAUUCUGGAGACCUACGUAAUGAUGGUGGCCAAGACACUUUAAAGCGCAUUACCAAACUUGUUAAUGAUACACUUUCUAUGGAUGGUACAUAUAACAUUACAGUAUCUGAGGAAGAUGUGCUUGCUGCAAUUGACAGUGGCAAAUCUGAAGGUGGCCCUUCUGGCCAGCAUUGGGUGUUGGAUCCUAUUGAUGGCACUAAAGGGUUUCUUCGGGGAGAUCAAUAUGCGAUUGCGUUAGCAUUGCUUGAUGAAGGAAAAGUGGUUCUAGGUGUUUUAGCUUGUCCAAAUCUUCCAUUGGGCUCAAUUGGUAACCCUGAUAAAGACACUUCACAAAACCAAACUGGUUGUCUUUUCUCCGCAAAAAUUGGUUGUGGAACAGACAUGCAAUUGUUAAAUGGCUCUACAGCAAACAGAAUACAUGUGACUUCCAUUGAGAAUCCAGCUGAUGCAUCAAUCUUUGAAUCAUAUGAAGCAGCGCAUUCCCAGCAUGAUUUAUCGAGCUCCAUUGCACAGAAACUUGGCGUUAGAGCUCCACCUGUUAGAAUUGAUAGCCAGGCGAAAUACGGGGCUCUUGCCCGAGGAGACGGAGCGAUAUACCUGCGUUUUCCACGCCCAGGUUAUCGUGAGAAGAUAUGGGACCAUGCUGCUGGCUGCAUUGUGGUAUCAGAAGCAGGAGGUGUAGCGACCGAUGCUGCAGGAAAUGAUUUGGAUUUCUCCAAGGGAAGAUACCUUGAUCUUGACACAGGCAUUGUAGUCACAAAUAAGAAACUCAUGCCAUCACUCUUAAAUGCAGUACAACAUGCUCUUAAAGAACAAAUUCAGAAUGCAGCUUUACUAUAGUAAUCUCUUUAUUACAUGCUCAUUAUCAUUGUCUGACAUUGUAUCAUUUUUAUUUUUAUUUUUAUUUUUGAGUUCUUCUCUUCCAAACCAAAUUCAUCUCUAUGGUCAAUUGACAAAAUGUGGACCUGUGGAUGAACAGACUUGAUGUUCUAUCACAAGGGAGAAACUACUUCAACCCUAACA